AGCGGGUUGUGUGUGGUGUGUUUAUGUUUUAUACUCCGUUUAUCAGAACGGAAAAUAGAACUACAGACAGCCCGAUUGGGCCUACAGAUUUGUUUUAAACCAGCAUUUUUAUUGGAGUUCCGUUUGGCUCAUGCGAUUGAAGGGGCUCGAGGGCUCCUACCUUUCCCCCUCCAAGGUUCCAGAGAGGCGCGUGGAAAAGCCCUGUGCAGAGAAAGAAGGGGGGUCAUAGCGUAUGUACGUACCCUAAAUGCAUACAUGCCUGGGUCUUCGACAGUGUGGUUUUAAAAACGGGAACGGUUGUGUUUAUUUUGUCGCCAAACGGCAAUGAGUGGCAAUGAGAUCGCGUUGCUGGUGAGCCAGUGCUUUGAUGAAUAAUUUACGGUCUUGUGGUCCGAAAGAGAGCGAACCACAGCCACAGCCACUGCCGUUUGUAAACCUCUGACGACGUCGGAGAGGGCCCGGAUGGUGGACUAGAGAGAGCCGACAAAACGGGUCUGAAACGGGACGAAGUAUUUUGACAUUGUCCGUAAAUUCAUUAGGGGCGGUGAGAAGGAGUGAUGGUGUGUCGUUGGAGGAGGAGAGAAUGAGCUUUGGGCACCUUGCGGAGGAUCCUAUACAAACUCUGCUUUCGGAUUAUUCUCAAACCCCGCCACAUCUAAACCACAACAAACAAAUCAAAACUAAUAUCAGUCAACUCUAAAUUACUAUUUUCGACAUGCGCUCAUUAAUAUAGUCCAUCCAAGAAAUCCUAGAAGAGGUGUAUGUAAAGUUGACUAUCAUUGUAAUGAAUAGUGAGUAGUCGGUAGUUGUUCGAAAGCUUCAUCCAGGUGUAGUGAUUGAAUCAUUGUGAACUGAAAUGAAUAUUGCACAUUUGAUUUUCUAUAGGAGAAUAUUUAAAAAUCAUGCGAUCCAGAAUUUUAAAAGGGCGUUUCUCUCGGCCUGUAUCUGCAUAUCUGGCGUCAGUUGAGGGUUAUGUUUAGGAGAGAACACUUACAGGCCUAUCCUAUGUGGACUAUUUUGACAAAUGUUUACUUAAAAAAAAAAUAAACAUCUACCUCAAACCUCUGCCUGUUUUCCACAGAACACGACUGGAGAAACAAACUAAUGUUUACUAAAUGAAUACCUCAGUCUCACUAAUACCUCACAGGUUCUUAUAAAGCGUAGCCUUGUUUAAAAUACCUCUGAUGGCUUCAUUCUCAGACUCUGACCUGCAGACCUGUCCUCUCUGCAAGGAGCUCUGUGGCUCCUCCUCCGCUCCCAUCUCUUGUAACUCCUCCACUUCCUCCUCCUCCUCUCACUCGUCGUCCUCCUCCUCCCGGCGCCUCCAUGUCCUCCCCUGCCUGCACGCCUUCUGCAGGCAGUGUCUAGAGGGCCAGCGCAGUCAUGGGGACCCUCUCAAACUCAGCUGCCCCACCUGCAACCAGAAGGUCUCCAUCUCCGAGGCCGGAGUGGACUCUCUCCCUUCCUCCAACUUCCUCUUGAGUAACCUUCUGGACGUGGAGCAGCUCCAACUCGGCCAAAAUAAGAACGGUCACCGGGGGGUCAGCGGGUGCUCCAUACCCCGCUUCCACCGUGCCCAUAGCGGGCUCCGCCCGAGCCGCCUGGGAGGGCCCCAGUGCAGCUCCUGUGACGAGGGGAACCCGGCCAGCUUCCACUGCCUGGACUGCCAGGAGUACCUUUGUGAUAACUGCGUCCGAGCCCAUCAGAGGGUCCGGUUGACCAAGGACCACUUCAUCGAGAGGCUGGCAGAGAGCCUGCAGCAUGCAAGCCGAGGCAAGGCCAGCCCCAUCGCAGGUGGAGGAAGGGGGGUAGGGGGAGGUGUAGGGUUGUCCCUGACCCAGCCCUUCCAGUCCAACUCCUCCCUGCUGCCUUUGUUCCAGGAUAGGAUGAGUUUCUGUCAGCACCAUGACAACAAGGUGUUUCUGUUUUUCUGUGAGACGUGCUCUGUGCCUAUCUGUAGAGAGUGUAGUGUGGGCAGACACAUGGGCCACAGCUUGGUCUAUCUACAGGACGCUGUCCAGGACUCCAGAGACAUCAUCAUCCAGCUACUGGCCGAUGCACAGCAAGGAAGACAGGCUGUACAGUUGAGUAUGGAGAAGGUCCAGGCCAUAGCAGAGCAGGUUGACAUCAAGGCCAAGGUGGUUCAGACAGAGGUGAAGAACAUGGUCCUCAGACUCCUGAAAGCCUUGGAGGACAGAGAGAGUCAGCUACUCUGGAAGGUUGAGAAGAUCCACCAGCUGAAAGCCAAGUCCCUGUACCUGCAGGUAGAGAAGCUGCAUCAGAACCUGACCAAGCUGGACAGCACCAUCGCAGCCGUCACUCAGGUGCUGGAUGAGGGUUGUCACCUGGACGUGUUGCUGGCUAGAGAGCGCACGCUGACCCAGAUUCAGGAGCUCAAGUCUCUCAGAGGCCUGCUGCAGCCACAGGAGGACGAUCGUUUAAUGUUCACCCCUCCAGACCAGGCCCUGUACAAAGCCAUUCAGUCCAUGGGGUUGAUCAGUAGCGGAGCGUUUGCUCCCGUCACCAAAGCUCACGGCGAGGGCCUAAAGACCGCACUCCGUGGCAAGACCGCCUCCUUCACCGUAAUUGGCUACGACCACGACAGGGAGCCCUGCCUCUCGGGCGGUGACGCAGUGUCAGCGGUGGUGAUGGCAGCCGCGGAUGGUAACCUAUCGGCUGCGGAGGUGUGUGACAACCAGAACGGGUCGUACACCGUCAGCUACUUGCCCAAGACUGAGGGAGAAGAUUUGGUGUCAGUUCUGGUCUGUAACCAGCACAUCAUGGGCAGCCCCUUCAAGGUACUGGUGAAGUCUGGGCGACGCUACGGGGCUCUGGGUUCACCGGUGUCUGCGUUUGGCAGCGAGGGGGAGGGUGAUGGUCAGCUGUGUCGUCCCUGGGGAAUCAGUGUGGAUAAAGAGGGAUACGUGGUGGUGGCCGACCGCAGUAACAACCGCGUACAGAUCUUCAAGCCGUGCGGUGCCUUCCACCACAAGUUCGGCUCCCUGGGCUCUCGCCCCGGUCAGUUUGAUCGUCCAGCGGGCGUGGCGUGCGACAGCCAACAGCAGAUCAUCGUAACGGACAAAGACAACCACCGUGUGCAGGUGUUCACCUUUGACGGACAGUUUAUGCUCAAGUUCGGCGAGAAGGGCACUAAGAACGGUCAGUUCAACUACCCCUGGGAUGUGGCAGUGAACUCUGCGGGGAAGAUCUUGGUCUCUGACACCAGGAACCACCGCAUCCAGCUCUUUGGCCCUGAUGGCUCGUUCAUCAACAAGUACGGCUUUGAGGGCGCCCUGUGGAAACACUUUGACUCGCCGCGUGGCGUCGCCUUUAACCAUGAGGACCACCUGGUCGUCACCGACUUCAACAACCAUCGUCUGCUGGUGAUUCGGCCAGAUUGCCAGUCUGCCCGGUUCCUGGGCUCUGAGGGUACCGGUAACGGGAAGUUCCUGCGUCCCCAGGGCAUAGCGGUGGACCAGGAGAACCGGAUCAUCGUUGCCGACUCGAGGAACCACCGGGUGCAGGUGUUCGAGCCCAACGGGAACUUCUUAUGCAAAUUUGGCACCCAUGGUAGUGGCUUCGGACAGAUGGACCGCCCCUCCGGUGUUGCUGUGACACCUGACGGAGUCAUCGUGGUCGUCGACUUCGGAAAUAACCGCAUCCUCAAGUUCUAAUCACUUUUCGCUUUCUUUCUUUCUCUCGCUCUGUUUUCUCUCCGUUUCUCUGUUAGGGAGAGGAAAUUGAAGAGCGAGGAAAAUGAUUCAACAAACACACAAAGAGAGGACAGUUUAAAGAGAGAUAAUCAGAGCAGGUAGAAAUGCAUUAUUACAAAUGAAGGGGAAAUGAAUUUGUUCGUUUUUAAAUUAUUUUUUACUUUUAGGUUUUAGUUUGUGGAAUCAUAUUCCUGUGGUAUACUGUAUGACAAAGGGGACCACUAAGACUAGUUGAUAAUCAGUAGUGAAAGUAACAAGGAAGAGAUCACGAUUUCCCUGUCUUCUAUCUGAAUUGCUCUCUCUCAACUCUCCUCACGUCGCCUUCUCAGGGAUUUUUCUCACUUUUUCUUGAAAUAUUGAAUCCUCUGCUCCGGCACCUACCUCAUCUAGUUCUUAAUGAAUGUACUCACCCUCUCCGAGCAGAGGUCUACUCUAGUCUGUCAAGUUUUACAAAGAAGAAAAUAAAAAAAGUCUACCUCAA